AUGGAAAGAGCUGGCGUAGUGAAUUUCAAUUUUGUGGUCCCGCCGUCCUUCUGCUGUGAAAAUCUUGAGUUUGCGCUGAUGACGAACGAGUACCAGUCGGAUAUGCCUCGUUACUUCAUUAGAAACCGAUCACUGUUGUAUUUGUCUCUCCAGCAGAGGAGAGGUAGUAGCGGUGGUGGCGACGACUCAGUGGGUGCAGAGAGAGGUGAAGGAGUGAUUGCCAUGACUACGACAGGAGCCCAGUAUACCCUCGCAGCAGCAUCCACCGGGGCUAAUAACAGUGGGGGUAGCUCCACGGCAGUAGGGGUGGAUUCUAAGCAAAAUGUGGUUGUCGUGACUACUACUUCCAGUUCCAGUGGCAGCGGCAGCGUAGCACAGACUCAGUCUGCUAGAACCUCAGAAGCAGAGUUCAUCACUGUCGUGACAAACCCUGAUUCUUCCAGUCCAAAUAACUUGCAGCCCAUUCAGGAUCCACUUGACACAGCUGCAGAUUCGUCCAACGGCUCAACAGGUACGCCAGCGCAUGUUACAGCACAGGUAGUGGUCAAUACUACCCAUUCGGGUCAGCACGCAUUGGUGGAUUCCGACGCUGCUUCUACAUCGGCUGGCACCAUUGUCAGUGGUUCCCCGCACUAUAUAACAGUCACAGAUUUGGCCCUUUCCAUGCUGCUGAAAAACAUGCACCUCUGUACUUCUACUCUGACCAUACUAGGCACCAGUGAUUCAUCAUCAUACGCAGCCCUCACAACAGCUGUAGUGUCCGGUGACGCAGAAGCGGUGGGGUCCGAGUCGAUCUCUCAUCCAACUUACGUUCAAUAUGUUGAAGGGGAUGGUUCCACGUAUAUACCAGCGAAUGGCCAGAUGACAUAUCCUGUUUAUGCUGUUGGUGAAACGGGAGCAAUGUAUACUCCAGCUUCAGGUCAAUACUACACUCCAGCAACAACACCAGUCACAUAUGCACAGGUUACAGGACAAGGCACGAAUUCGACUACCGGGCAACUGUUGUCGCAGGGCAAUGGCACGUACUUGAUUCAACAGAGCGUAGUAGAGGGAGAUCCGACCCAUACACUCAUAUCUGCAGCUGCCACGCGCGCCAGCCCGCAAACCGAGACUGCGGAGGCUGUGGUUAGCGGUGGUGGCGGGGCGUACUUGAUCAGCGGUAAUUCUGGAGGUACCACUGUCGCCGUGGAAGAGACAGCGGCAAACGUGACGCAUGCUACUAGAGUCUCCCAGGCCACCGUCCAUUGGUUAUUGGAGAAUUACGAAACCGCCGACGGCGUGUCCCUUCCAAGAUCAACACUGUACAAUCAUUAUUUACGCCAUUGCUCCGAAAACAAACUAGAUCCUGUAAACGCAGCUAGUUUUGGCAAAUUGAUACGUUCUGUAUUCUUGGGCUUAAGAACUAGGCGUUUAGGAACUAGGGGAAAUUCGAAGUAUCAUUAUUAUGGAAUUCGUGUUAAGCCAAGUUCACAGUUAAGUGUAAUAAACGAAGAUGGCACAUCAAGACAACAGCAGAGCGCAAAUUCUCAAGCCAAACGAUUCAAAUUUGUCAAUCAAAAGCAAGAUUCAUCUUACGAAAAUAACACGCACACGAACACGAAUAUCUCCGCCAAUUCCUCAUCGCCUCAAUAUCACCAGUAUCUCGGCGAAGCAAGCGGCGCCAUUCCUGAUUUUCCAGAUAUUUUUAUUAGUCACGACUCGUCCCUGCCUGAGGAUUGCACUCUCGAAGAUAUUGAUACGUUCCGCAGCAUAUACAGAGAACACUGCGAAGCGUUCUUAGAUGCGGUGCUGAAUUUCGAAUUCGCUACGGUAGAAAGUCUUUGGAGAGAAUUCUGGCGCAGCCAGGACAAUAAUAACGGUGAUGAAUGUGAAGAGGAGAAGUAUUUGUCAAAAACCAAACUAUAUCAGAUGUGUCAGUGUACAGGAGUACAAGACUUUAUCAAAAAAGUGGACUAUACAUUCUAUCAGAAUCUAGUCGAUGUUUUAAUGCCUAAUGUAUUGCGACCAAUACCAAGUACAGAGAUAUCCCAAAUAAUAUAUUUCUAAAAAUUAUAUGUUAGGCCAGUAUAAAUAUGUGUGCAGUAAACUUAUAUUUGAUUACAGUUAACUGCAGUAUCAGCUUUUGCUCAAACUUUAAGGCGUUAUACAUCAUUAAAUCACCUCGCACAGGCCGCGCGAGCGGUGCUUCAAAAUUCUAAUCAAAUUAAUCAAAUGUUAGCUGAUCUGAAUCGUGUUGACUUUCACAACGUGCAAGAACAAGCAUCCUGGGUAUGCCAAUGUGACUACGGGAUGGUACAACGUCUUGAGACGGAUUUUAAAAUAACAUUACAACAACAAAAUUCACUGGAAGAUUGGGCGAUCUGGUUGAAAGGAGUCGUUACUCAAGCGCUUAAACCACACGAGGAGAAACCAACAUUUGCUAAAGCUGCACGUCAAUUCUUGCUUAAGUGGUCGUUUUACAGCUCGAUGGUUAUCCGAGAUCUCACUUUGAGGAGUGCUGCGAGUUUUGGAUCUUUUCAUCUUAUCAGAUUACUUUAUGACGAAUACAUGUUUUAUUUAAUAGAGCACCAAGUAGCUAUCGCAACUGGGACUACGCCAAUAGCUGUAAUGGGAGAUAAAAGUCAAAAUUACUCUUUAGUUAAUAGCUUUGGAGCAACGUCUAAUGGAGAUGCAUCUAAUACGAGCCAACCAAAACGUAUAAAGCUAAGCUAACUGUGUGUGCCUACACCCUUUAGUUUAUGAGUAAACCGGUAGCAUACGAAAAUGUGAAGAUACUAGCACGAAAACAUGCAGGCCUACUACAAGAGAAAAACACACUAGUCUCAUAAAUUAUUAUUUUGUAUAACGUCAAAUUGUAAUUAUGACAUAUAAGAAGAAGAUUUUUGCAUAAUGCCUACGACGUAUACAAUUCAAGUAAGUCUGUGUGAUAUAGAGAAGUAUUGUACUCCGCGAAGCCUUGUCUCAUAUAUACGUAUGGAACAGGUAUAAAGAGUCGCUGGCACGAUUUUAGUACGUUAGUAUAUAUCAAAUCUAGUCGAAACAUCUUUGGAAAAAAAUUAAAGUAUACGGGACCAUGAAUUUAUCAUGCCCUCGAUCACGUAUAAAAAGCCCACUCGAUUGUGUUUUCUAUAGAUCAUUAUUCAGUUUAUUUUUGAUG